AUGGUGGCUGCCACCGCCAAGUCCUGGGAGGCGGAGGAGCCUCCCGGGACCCUGGAUGUGGAGGAGAAGGCGGCCUGGUUCCGGGAGGUAAUGACGCAGGUUUGCGACGCGUCAAUGCUCCAGAUUCGGGACCUUCCUCUUCGCAGGGUGGUUUACUGGUGGUCGCCGGGGAUCGCGGAGCUUUGUGCGAAGUGCGGUCUUCGGCGGCGUCGGUAUCUCCGCUGCCGCCGCAGGAAGCGCCACUCGGAGGCGGAGGCGGCUGCCCUGUAUGAGCCCUAUCGCGAGGCAAGAAGGGCUCUGCAGGGCACCAUCGCUCGGCCAAGGCCCGGGCCUGGGAUGAACUCCUGGAAGCUCUCGACAGUGACCCAUGGGGACGCCCUUACAGACUGGUCAGCAACAGGCUGA